AUGGGCAGCUUUCUUGGCUUCGGCAUCUGCUCAGUCAUUCCCAAGGACGUCUUUGUGACCAGGUACCCAACGGAUCGUGAGGUCCUUUCAGCUGAUCUUGUGUUUUCGGAUGAGUCGUUUGAUGUCCUCGUGCAGCAUGUCAAGGAGGUAGUGACUGGGGGCGGGGCGUCGUAG